CACUCAUGUAAUCUCAUCCCCUCCCAUUUUUCUCUUUUAAAAUAAGAACCCCAAAUUUUCCCUUCAAUUUUCUCUCCAACCAAACACCAAAAAGCUUUAAUCUUUCACCAGAUCUGAUCCAAAAUAAGUUUUGGAUUUGUUUGAAUUUGAUGUCAUCUCCAACAACGCCGUCUUUUUGGUGCUAUGGAUGCAGCCGUUUCGUUCAGGUUUGGAGACAAGACUCGUUAACUUGCGCAGAAUGUGAAUCCGGGUUCAUUGAAGAAAUCGAAAACCCACCGCACGUAAUUCAAACAGAAAUAUCGAGUGACCGACACCGCAGGUUUUCUCCCGCUGCCGGAACCAUGUUCAUGAUCGGUAACCGCUCAAUCCCCCAUAACCGGAACCGACGGGGUGGUGGCGCCGGGAGCGGAGACCGGUCUCCGAUGAAUCCUGUGAUCUUGCUUCGUGGUGGGGCUGGAGGGGCGGCGGAUGACGUGGUGGGAGACGACGGUGGCCGAGGUGGUGGUGGGUUUGAGCUUUAUUACGAUGACGGUGGUGGGUCCGGGUUGAGGCCGUUGCCGCCGAGCAUGUCGGAGUUUUUGCUGGGAUCAGGGUUUGAGAGAUUGUUAGAUCAGUUAGCACAGAUUGAAAUAAAUGGAGGGUUUGGUCGGUAUGAGAAUCAGCAUCCACCGGCCUCGAAAUCCGCGAUUGAAUCGAUGCCUACGGUAAUUGUUAAUGAAUCCCAUAUUUUUACUGAAUCUCAUUGUGCUGUUUGUAAAGAGGCUUUUGAAUUAGAAUCCGAAGCACGGGAGAUGCCUUGUAAACAUAUUUAUCAUACUGAUUGUAUACUUCCUUGGUUAUCUAUUCGUAAUUCUUGUCCUGUUUGUCGACGUGAGUUGCCUUCUGGUGAUGAAGAUGGUGGCGAUGGUGAUAAUGGGGUUGCGAGUCCGUUGCCUGAAGCGGGGAAUGGGCAGGGAAAUAACGAGGAGGAGGCAGUUGGAUUGACGAUAUGGAGGUUACCCGGAGGAGGGUAUGCGGUGGGGAGGUUUACAGGGGCGAGGAGGGGAGAAAGGGAGUUGCCUGUGGUUUAUACAGAGAUGGAUGGUGCCUUUAACAAUGGUGGAUUGCCGAGGAGGGUAUCUUGGGGGUCUAGAGGGGGUGGAAGGAGGGAAAAUGGUGGUGGGGGUAGUGGUGGUAAUAGACGGCUUGGUUUUGGGAGAGCUUUGAGGCACUGGUUUGCUUGUUUUGGCACGGGGCAUAGUUCGAAUUUGGAUUCCAGAGUUACAGGGAGCAGUAGGCCAUAUUCAGUUUUUCGCAGUUCCUCUUCAAUGAGGAGAAGAGACUGGGCUAGAGAGAUUAACAGUGCAAGGAGACGGUGAGAAUAAAUUAACAGGAGUUGAACAAAUGAAUGAUCUCUUUUUGGCUUCCUUAGGUGCUUGUUACUGAAAUGUAUAUAUGGAGAUUUGAGAAUGACUCCAAUUGCGAGUUCAAUUCAUAAUCUAUCGAAAACUGAUGGUUUGAUGAAUUGUGGAGGAACAAUGCAAUCUCAACAAAUGACCUGCGAAGAAGCAUUAGGAGCAAGGUACCUGAAAGAUGUUUAGGGUCUGGCAUUUGGAGAGAAACAUUCUGGAGCAAGAAGGCACCUAACUAUAUUGAAGUGUCUUUAGCUAGUUUUCA